UAAAACAUGGUUUUACCGGUUUUAUGAUUGUGAAAUCUCAUCGUUAAAUUGUUGUGGUAUUAGCAAGCCGCGGAAAUAAGUUUCAACGAUUCGUUUGGAUCGAAUAAGACAUUUGAUUUAUCCAAAAGCUUUUAACAAGUGGAUGCGAACACAUAAAUCAUCAGCACGUUUGUGAACUCUGUUUGGGCAUACCUAUGAAAUUAAGUAUGUGUUACGAUUUGCGAUUUGUGAGCGCUAUAUAACAUUUAUUUAUUUAAACACUGGCAUAAGGCAAUACAAAUAUCGAUUUGACGUUUGUUUAGUUCGAUAAAAAAAUAAUCUUGGGAGACACAAACGCGCGCACACACACACACCGACAAACAAAAGAGACAAGAAAAAGUGGCAAAAGAGUUUGAUGUGGAUUGUGUAAAACAUGUUCAACAAUAAAAUAUAAACAUAUAUGCCACACUGCGAAAUGGAGAGGCAACAAUUAUUGAGCGUGGACUCGGCUAAUUUCGAUUUAAAUGACCUCAUUUCUGACGGCGAGGACGGUCUCACAUUGGCAAAAAUCGAGGGAAUCACAGAUAUAGGAGAAGCUUUUGAAUUAGCAGACAACUAUGAAGUAUUCAUAAAUGACGUAACAUGUGAAACUGAGAUCAAAGAGAGGCUAAUUAUGCACUUGAAAUGUCAGUAUCUGAGCAAUCGGAAGAAGAAGAUCGAGAAAUCGAUGUUAAGGGCCAGUCAGGACGACGCCAAUCGCCGACAGAAGCUUGAAGAGUUCAUAACGACACUGACGUCACUUAUACAAGGAGGAGGAGAGAGUGGGACGGGCUCCCGGAUCUCCGGCGGUGAGCUGGUGGAGGAGAACCUCCGACGGGAGGGCACGACUCGGGACUUCCAGGCCGACUGCAGGGACCAUAUAUCCGCUAUUCAGGAAAACGAGUGUCUCUUCAUUGUUGCCGGUGAAACCUCUGCGGGUAAAUCCAGCGUGCUGAAUCUAUUGUUUGAGCACGAUAUCCUGCCAGUGCAUAACAACAGUUCAACAUCCACCAUCACUGUGGUGCGAUACCACAGCAACAGACACGCACGCAUCGUCUACAAAUCAGACCGCCCCAGCGAGGAGUUCGACCUUGACCCCGAGGGCAUGGAAAGGCUAAAAAAUGUAGCUUUCAUGAAAACAGCAAUAGAGCGGGAAGGUCAUGAAGUCAGAGAAGUGCAGGUGUAUCUACCACUUCCGUUACUACAGGGCGGUCUGGUGUUGGUGGAUACCCCAGGAAUCGGAGAAAACGAGUUUUUAGAGGCGGAGCUUAUGAACUUCAUAGGAAGCCACCACAUCCGGGGAUUCGUGUACAUCAUCAAGACAGACAACGCGGGCGGAGUACAGGAGGACAGGUUGCUGAACCUUCUGAAGAUCGUGAUAGAGCAGCAGAGAUCAAGAUCGGACCUCACGGGGCGCCACACAACCUUUGACCCCAAGUCCGCCCUGUUCGUCUGCAACCGCGUCGAUCUUGUAUCGAAAGACGAACUCGAGAAAGUGAAGAAGAACGCAAUAGAAAAGCUUUCGGCUUGCUGGCCGAGUUUUGACGAGUCACAAGUGGUGUUCUUCUCCACCGAGAAAGCUCUGCGAGACGUGCAGGCGGACACAGACUACAUCAACGACAACUACAAACAGCUGUUAGACGCACUCAAAGAUCUAUUCAUAUCCGCGCUGGAGAAACGAGUCAAGAGUUCGUACAAAUGGAUAGAGUCGGUACUCAAGCGGUCGGACCACUACCUGAGGACGAUCGUGAAACGUCUUGACAUGACGGACAUGGACCUGAACGAGAAGUCGGAAGUGACGUUGAAGAAGCUGCAGAACCUCCAGAAGAAGUCGCAAUGGGUUCUACAGGAACUGAACGACAAGGUGGACACUAAGGCGAGAGAGCUGAACGAGGUAAUGAAAAGUGUGGUGAAGACGCCGAAGUGCAUGGAGUACUUAACUUCCAAUUGGUCGACACGUGACGUGCCGGAUGUGGACGGGGGCCUUGGAGACUGGCAGUGGAUACGAACGCGGAUCCAGGAAGCGUUCUUCGACAGGCUGAUGACAUACAUCGAGAUCUGGGAGCGCGAGGAGGAGAUUGUGGACGGGAUAGAGAGCGAUAUCGCAUGUGAGGUGAAAGCAAAACUUGACAUUCUGCAAGAUGAGCUUGAUGGAAUUGAGAGUGAAAUACGUGGCGAUUCGUCCUCCAACUCUUCAGACGGUGAAAUAUCGGCCUUGACAAAGUCUAGAAGACAAAGCUUGCUCAAUUUAACGCCAAUAAAACUUAAGUAUAGAUUAACGGAACCUAAACUGCCAAUAAAACUGGCGGCUCGCGUGACCAAACCUUUCAAAGCAGUUUUGGAACACAUCACGAAUAAAAUAAAAGUAAGUGAUUUCAUAAACAACCCUGUUAAAGUGGCUAAACAGUACUCUCAGAUAAUGUAUAGUCAACUUGGCCUUACACAAAACGGCCCGGAUGCGCCUCUUUUGGUCAUAGCGAACUAUUUAGUGGAAAGACCGCGCGACUAUCUAGACGCUAUUAAAAGACGGAUUCCGGAUAUGAUUCUUUCAAACCAGCUUUAUCUAAGACACAUUGAGGACAGUCUUGAGUCAGAACGGCAACACCAAUCGGAGUACAUCGAGACGAUGAUAGGCAUCGAGCAACUUCGUAAAUCUUUACGAACAUAUGGCGAAGGUUAUAUCUUAGUAGAAGAUUUCUCCAGAGGUGAACUUCAGAUUCAGCGGGAUCAGACGGAGGAUGGUAAAAAGCCUUUUAACGCCUGCGAGUUCAUGCGCUCUAGUUCCGGUGGGCUGGACACCUCGCAACGACGGGACAUCCGGGGACUCUGGACAGUUACGUACAGUGGCGUCCUGGUGCGCAACGGCGUGGAGAGGCCAGUAGGGAUCCGAGUGUACCUGCCGUCUUCCGGCGUUGAGUGCACACUCAACGAGGUGGCUAGACUGAGGUGUCUGACAUGGAAGGAUACGGGUGUAGCGGAGUUCCUCGGAAUCCAUAACGCAGACGCUAUCUGCCCGGCUUUCGUGUACGACGGCGACCUGCGCUCCCUGCGGAAGACUCUCGCCUCCACGUUCCUGAACAUGCGGGAGCUCAUACCAGAAGUUCUGCUUGGGGUCGCCAGCGGCCUGGAGUAUCUGCACAACAAAGGCAUGGUGCACAUGGAACUCACGCAAGACACAGUCACGGUGGACGAAGACGGUGAAGUCCGACUCACGGGUGCCUGUCUACCUCGUAAAGCUGUGUUCCCAACAUACCGAGAGUCCAUUUACUCGGGAGACUUCGUGCAUUUGGCACCAGAAGUGCUCACGGGCGACGUCUACAAACCGACAGCCGACAUUUAUGCGUUCGGACUUCUUGUAAUUGAAUUGACCAAUAACGACAUGCCGAAAGUAUUUGCGAAGGAACGGGAGAUGACACUUUAUGACUUUACGGAAAGAGUUCAACCGGACGUUAUGUUAAAUUUAGAGCAAACGGUAAAUAUUUACACAGUAAAAACGCGCGCGUUAAUAGAAAACUGUCUGCAGAUGGACCCAAAUGAUCGGCCUCAUAUGCGUGAGGUAGUUGAAUAUACUGACAACAUAAAGUAUGAGCUCGAUGCUCUGGAUAAAUUCCCGACGAGAAAAACCAGGGCACAUGUGAAGAGUUAUUCAUUUGAUAGGACAUUAAGAAAAUCAAUGGAUAAAAAGUUAUGACAUGAUUUUGCACAUAGAUAAAAUAUUAAUUAUUUACUCUUAAAAGUAAACUGUGGCCUACCUUUUCCAGAAAUUAUCUGCACAUGUCAUGGAUUUAUGAGAAAACGUAUCAUCUAACACGUGUCUUAAUAUUGACUACCGGGUACAAAUGAUAGUGGAUACUUGUGUUGUAUUGAUACAGAUAUAUUUAUCCGCAUUAUUCAUUGUAAAUAUGGUACGCAAGGAUACUGCGCAUUUAUUUAUAUAAUCAAAUUUAGUGAAAAGUACCAUUGUUGCAAUUAUUAACUUGUUAUCUUAGUUGUGGUACAACACGAGAGAAAAUAUUUUUUACUGGCCCCACGCCUAGAUCUUGUUCAAAUGCCUUCGUGUGUGGUUCUAUUAACUUUGUUUUAUAUUCGCUUUCUUAUUUUUAACUUCACAAGCCAAAUAACGUACACACCUGAUCUGCUUUUCUAUAAGUUAAAAAAAUACAUACGCCUUUUGAAUUAUAAAAUCACAAAAACAAGGUAUUGUAUUUCAGAGAAGCAUUCAUUCUAUCACAGUUCCGAAGACAUACAAUUUAUCGCAUCUAACCAGAUGUUAUAGAACAAACUAAGACGCACUUUUAUAAUACGUAUGUUAACCCUUUGCAUGCUGGGAAAUUUGUCGUCUGCUAAAAUGUCGUCUGCUGAAUUUGUAAAAUAAGCAUUUUCUUCAUUUUUUUCAAAGAAUACUAUCAGAAUAGCAAACAGUUUGGAUCCAGAUGAGACGCCACGUUCUGUGGCGUCUCAUCUGGAUCCAAACUGUUUGCAAAGGCCUUUAAAAUUCAGCUCCAGCGCUUUAAGGGUUAAGUUUAAAAACAUAAAUACAUGCAAAGUAUUCGUUGACUGACUUUUGAAGUGAAUACAAAGUUCUACGCUAAAAGAAUUUUGCACUAAACCCUGUUAAGACUCAAACAUGCACUUUUAAAGUUGGUUCGUCUUUAAUGCUUCCCUACGGGGAAACUGCGAAAUAUACAUUCAACGUAAUGGGUAUCUGUCAUAGCUGUAAAAAUGUUCAGUCCUAACACACAUGUGUUUGUCAUCUAAAUACCACCAAUGACUUAAGUAUUGCGUAUUUCAUUUUCAGCAACUCAUAAUCACGUACUCCUUUUCCAUGCAGGACGCUGUCAUUUGAUAUACAUUCAUAUGAAAAGCGACACGAUUUCAAAGUAUCUUGCAGGUGUGACUAUAAUACCAAUUUGCAUUUUGUAUGCAUUAUGCAAAUACUUUGUGCAUCAUGUUUAUGCGUAACGGUUGUUUAUCUCUGUCAUGUUUUGCUAUUUAUUGAAUGUUUUUUUCCAGCAUUUUACUAUGUCUUGUUAUUUAAAUGAAAUAAAAG